AAAACAGCACAUCGCCUUGAUCGGCGUGGCGUUGUUGGGGUCAUGUGAUGCGGGGCUGAGCCACUCACCGCAUGUUUUUGCUGCAAGGAUCGCGUGCAUUGUGACACAUGGGAAGUCACGUCAGCCUGGCCAGACAUCAGUCAUGGGCAGCAAGCAGAAAUAGUCGCGCUUUAUGGUGGCCUGCUUGCACUUCCUCUGUGAGGAGGAGGACGAGGAGGACGAGGAGGAGGAGGGAAAGUCGUCAAAACAAGUCACACUUACGGCGGCGGCCCGUUCACUUUCUGUACAGUCGUCAAUGGACCGUACUAAAUUAAUGAAAAGGCAUGGAGAAAACGUUGGUUUGUCCUGCGACGGGGUCGCAUGAGCGGUAACCCCGACGUGCUGGAGUACUACCAAAGUAAGAGUUCCAAAAAGCCCAUCCGCACCAUCGACCUGAAAGAGUGCGAAGUGGAAAUGCCGAACGGGCAGCCGGGGAUCAAGCGCGAGUUCCAAGAGAAGCAUCUCUUUGUGGUGAAGACCUCGGCUCGUAUGUUCUACCUGGUGGCCAAGACUGAAGAGGAGAUGAACAGCUGGAUCAGCAGCAUCAGCCGCAUAUGCCAGUUUGGCAACAAGGAGGAAGCAGGGAGUUCGGAAGAAGGCUUUCCUCACACUCCGACAGCACUUCGGCCGCCAAGCGACAGCUCGGGCCGAGUGUCUCCGUCGAGUCGACGUCCUGCAGAUUAUCUUGUCCUUUCACAGUGCGGGACAGGGAGCGGAAGCACUUGUAGACAUAGCAGCUUUUCCAACUCAGAGACGUCGUUGGAGCAUAAGUCAACAGAAGAUGUUUUCAAGGACAUUGUGCCCUCGCCUCCCUGCGGCGCUUCCUCAUCGUUUCACUGCAUUUCUCAGUUUGGCCUCAGUCCCAAACCCGGGAGGCUGGCCAACCCUCCUCUCAGCGCUCCGUGCGCAGCCCUCGCGCCACCUUCCUCUUCAUCGCCACUCCGUCUUUGCGCCGUGAGUGUCUUCCAGUUCGACCAGCCGUACCCCCGCGCGUCGUUCGAGGCCGCCAAUGACAGGCGAACGCCUCCUCCGCUGCCGCCGAAGCCUAACCGUCUGUCCGACGAAGGCGUUCGCAGGCCGAGGGCCAUGAGCGCGAGGCAUUUCCCGAAACACGUUGCGCUGCUUUCCCGGAGGACUUCUUUGUCAAGCCUGGACCACUUUACGAUCGGAAAUGCUGACAGCAGAUCAACAGGCAACAGAAGGCAGACUCUUAAUUUGCAGUCCCGUUUGAACACCGCACGGCUUCAAAGCCAGCCAGACGAGGCCGACGUCCCCACGGUUUCCGCAUCUUCCUGUGUAAGCGUUAUGGAAGGCGACGGUUACAUCCCCAUGAGCCCCGCCGUCGGCAUCGUCGAGACGCGAGGCAAAGUCGAGGCCGCCGAGACGCUCGGCUCUCUCGCGCGCCAACCCGGGGGAGUGGCACCUCCUCCGAUACACCGCCAUCUCAAACCUUGCUUGAGGAGAGCUCGACCCCCACCUCUUGACUUGAGAGGCCUCUCCACAAUCACUGAAUGUCCCGCUCAUCACCUUUUCAGCAGAACAAAGACGCAAUCUUGUUUUAGGUUCUCCGGAAAGUGUUUAGCUCACGAAGGAAGUCUCGAGAAUGGGGACAAUCCAAGCAAUGAAGACGCAUACGCUGCCACAACGGAGCCGAGACCGCACUUCUCUCUCAGCGUGGACGGAGUCGUUCAACCUUGGGCAAGAAGAUCUAACCUCGACUACUUGUCACUGGAUUUCAACUCGGCCUCUCCUUCUCCUGUGCAGAAGAAGCCGCUUCUUUCUGACGAACACCGGGUGGAUUACGUGCAGGUGGAUGAGAGGAAGACUCAGGCACUACAAAACACUAAGAUGGAGUGGACAGAUGUGCGACAGUCCAAAACAUAAGUGGCGACGUCACAAUGGAAAUAUUGAACACAUUUGGUUGGUUUGAUGUUAACAAAACCAAGAUUGAAGUAAACGCUUCAGCAUCUUGAACUUGGCACUGGAAAAAUAGCAGUCAAUCUGUUGUAACAGUUCUCAUUGAUCUGAAAUGUAGCAUAAUGUCUUUGUGUAUAUUUGUGAAGCAAUCAUCAUGAAGAAGAAAGCUAUUUUAAUAAUAAAAAAUGUAUGUGCUGUAGUUUUCUCAUAAAGUAUGUAUUAUUGGCCGGAGGCAUUCAGAAUGAC